CACCCCAAGAAGUCUCUCCAGCGAUGGGAGCCGCCCGCCUGCUGCCCAACCUCACGGUGUGCCUGCAGCUGUUGAUUCUCUGCUGUCAGACGCAGGGGGAGAAUCACCCGUCUCCUAAUUUUAACCAGUACGUGAGGGACCAGGGCGCCAUGACUGACCAGCUGAGCAGGCGGCAGAUCCGCGAGUACCAGCUCUACAGCCGGACCAGUGGCAAGCACGUGCAGGUCACCGGGCGUCGCAUCUCUGCCACCGCUGAGGACGGCAACAAGUUUGCCAAGCUCAUAGUGGAGACGGACACGUUCGGCAGCCGGGUACGCAUCAAGGGCGCUGAGAGCGAGAAGUACAUCUGUAUGAACAAGAAGGGCAAGCUCAUUGGGAAGCCCAGCGGGAAGAGCAAGGACUGCGUGUUCACUGAGAUUGUGCUGGAGAACAACUACACAGCCUUCCAGAACGCCCGUCACGAGGGCUGGUUCAUGGCCUUCACAAGGCAGGGCCGGCCCCGGCAGGCCUCCCGCAGCCGCCAGAACCAGCGCGAGGCCCACUUCAUCAAGCGCCUCUACCAGGGCCAGCUGCCCUUCCCCAACCACGCGGAGAGGCAGAAGCAGUUCGAGUUUGUGGGCUCGGCCCCCACGCGCAGGACCAAGCGCACUCGGGGGCCCCAGCCUCUCACGUAG